AAAAAAAAAAAAAAAGUUAAAACCAGACCAACUCAAAUCCCCAAAUCAACCUUAUAAAUUUCUCUCUAGGGUUUAUUCCAAUCUGUCUUCUCCCCAAUCCCGAAAUAGCAGUUUCUAUUCAAGUCAUUCGAUUCCACAUCUUUGAGCCUUCAAAAUCCACCCGUCCCUCAAUUUGGUGUCCUUCAUCGAACCUUCACAACCACCCUAGACCCCAGAUCAGUGCCACUUCAUAACCACCUCUAAUGGCCUUGAAUUCACACAAUGAAGGUUAAAGUCCUGCGCUGUUCUUCGCUUCCCGACGCGUUAUUAUCCUCCAUGGCAGCCCCAAGAAGCCUCAUUGUCGAUGCCGUGCGGUUGGGGAGGGACGACGAAGAGAAGAGCGUUGGAAUUGACGAUUCGCCCACUAGCAAGAAGCCCAUUAAAUCGGAGGGCAAAUCACCUUUGAAUAAAUGGGAAUGCACGGCUGCUUUGGGGGUGUUCUUGAUCUUCUUCACGGGAUUGUUCUGCAUUUAUUUGACAAUGCCAGCUGCCGAGUAUGGGAAACUAAAGCUUCCCCGUACGAUUUCGGAUCUACGAAUGCUCAAAGAUCAUCUUGCGACAUAUGCGAGAGUUUACCCAGCAAAAUUCAUUCUCGGUUACUGCUCAACUUACAUAUUCAUGCAGUCAUUCAUGAUUCCUGGCACUAUUUUCAUGUCAUUGCUCGCUGGAGCACUGUUUGGUGUUAUCAGAGGGCUAUUCUUGGUUGUCUUUAAUGCUACAGCUGGUGCAUCAUCCUGCUACUUUCUGUCUAAGUUAAUUGGCAGACCUAUAGUUACCUGGCUUUGGCCUGAAAAGUUGAGAUUUUUCCAGGCAGAGAUUGCAAAGCGAAGAGAGAAGUUGCUCAAUUACAUGCUCUUUUUGAGAAUAACACCAACGUUGCCAAAUCUUUUUAUCAAUUUAGCAUCACCAAUUGUCGAUAUACCGUUCCAUAUAUUCUUUUUGGCAACCGUUAUUGGUCUUAUCCCAGCUUCCUAUAUUACUGUCAGAGCUGGCCUUGCUCUUGGUGAUCUGAAAUCUGUCAAAGAUCUAUAUGAUUUUAAGACCUUAUCUGUGCUUUUCCUCAUUGGAUCUGUCUCCAUACUUCCUACCCUGUUGAAGAAGAAGCGAAUAUACGAAUGAAGGCUGUUGGUAAGCAGUGGGAGCCAAAGUGGGAGCUUAAGCUUGACUGGUACGCUUCGAAACUGAGGAGAUUGAGUUGCAAGACCUUGUUUCCCAAUGCGUCAGAAUGCGGGACAGGUUGAUUUUGUCUUCCUAUACACGGGACGGUUAAUUACCCCAUUAAAAACAAACAAGGUUCCUUUCAUUGCUUACUCAGUAUAUUUAUCAAAAUUAUUUCCCUGUAGGGAUUAUGUGAAUAACUAUGGGCCAGGGAUCCUGGAUUGUACUGAUAUAUGGAUUGUUAAACGUAGGGGAAAUAUAGGAUUUAUCAUGUCAGCCAUUAUAGUCAUCUAUUGGAUAAAUAUCAUUGUUGUAAACUCCAUUAAUGUUAAUCUAUGGUACCCAUUUGGUUUUUGCGUUUAG